CUGGUCAACUAAAACCCAGCUCUCAGGACGUCAGGCUCCGGUGUCAUUGGCGAAUGACCGAAGAUGUCACACACCAGGUUGUUUGCAAGGCUGCUUUUGCAGCAAAGUGGAGUCAGACACUGCUACACUGCAACAAGAAAGAACCUGUACAUUGACAAGAACACCAAGGUCAUUUGCCAAGGCUUCACAGGGAAGCAGGGAACAUUUCACAGUCAACAAUCUCUCGAUUAUGGAUCCCAGUUAGUCGGAGGUGUGUCCCCUGGAAAGGGUGGCAAGACUCACCUCGGCCUGCCAGUCUUCAAUUCAGUCAAGGAGGCGAGAGAUGGCACCGGGGCUGAUGCCAGUGUGAUUUAUGUGCCCCCUCCCUUUGCGGCAGCCGCCAUCAUUGAGGCUAUUGAUGCAGAGAUUCCCCUGGUUGUCUGCAUCACCGAGGGCAUCCCGCAGCAAGACAUGGUGAGAGUGAAGCAUAAGCUGGUGCGUCAGAGCGCCACUCGCCUCAUCGGCCCAAACUGCCCUGGAGUCAUCAAUCCUGGAGAAUGCAAGAUCGGAAUCAUGCCUGGCCACAUCCACAAGAAAGGAAGAAUUGGCAUCGUGUCAAGAUCAGGAACCCUGACGUAUGAGGCUGUUCACCAAACCACACAAGUUGGUCUGGGCCAGUCCCUGUGCAUUGGAAUCGGUGGUGAUCCUUUCAAUGGUACCAACUUCAUAGAUUGUCUGGAAGUGUUCCUGCAGGACCCAAAGACUGAAGGCAUCAUCCUCAUCGGGGAAAUCGGUGGCAAUGCUGAAGAGAAUGCUGCCGAGUACCUUAAAGAACACAACUCUGGAGCUCAAUCCAAGCCGGUCGUCUCCUUUAUUGCGGGGCUAACCGCUCCUCCUGGGCGUCGCAUGGGCCACGCUGGCGCUAUCAUUGCCGGAGGCAAAGGAGGGGCCAAAGAGAAAAUCUCAGCACUGCAGUCAGCCGGGGUAGUAGUCAGCAUGUCUCCUGCUCAGCUGGGCAGCACCAUGUUCAAGGAGUUUGAGAAGAGGAAGAUGUUGUAAAUCCGGGAGAACGUUGCAACCCCAUCCCAGCCCUGAAAAUGAAAUGAAACGGCCCUGAUUCAGUAUGUGGAUUCGCCUCACAGUACCAGAAAUCUGACGACGGCACACAGGCGCAGUUUUUAUAUUGUACUUUCUGCCAUGAACUUGUACCUCGCACACACAGAAUUAACUCAUCAUGCUGUUGCUAAAUGACGUGCUGUACACAACGUUAGCGCUUUAUAGAUGUUUGUUUUCUGCCACCUAAUGUCCAUCACAAAUCAAACACAUGUAUCCUUACUGAAUAAGAAAUGUUUUCAAAUCAG